AUGGUGAGGACACGCGCUACUGGUCGGGGUGGACGACCCCCAGUACCACCAGUUGUGGCCACCAGAGACCGAGGAUGUGGCCGUGGUCAUGGUAGGGGUAGAGCAACUAGAGCAGCACCUGCAGAUCCACCAACUGCCUCAGAUCAGGAUCAGAUCCCAAUUAUGGAUGCUCUUAUAGCACUAGCUCAGGCACCAGUUGUGCCCAUCGUGAUUCCGGGUGUAAAUGAAAACAAAGGUGGAUUUUUCUUCUUAUAUGGUUUUGGAGGAACAGGAAAGACUUUUAUAUGGAGAACUUUGGCUUCUGCCAUAAGAUCUAGAGGAGAUAUUGUGUUAACUGUUGCAUCUAGUGGGAUUGCAUCUCUAUUGUUACCAGGUGAUCGAACAGCUCAUUCAAGAUUUGUAAUUCCACUCAAUCUAACUGAAGAUUCAACAUGUAAUAUCAAGCAAGGUACUCCUUUAGCAAAUUUGAUUGUCAAGGCAAAGUUGAUUAUUUGGGAUGAGGAACCGAUGAUGCAUAAAUAUUGUUUUGAAGCUCUUGAUAAAACUCUAAGAGAUAUUCUUAGAUUCAAAGAUACAUCUAAUUUAGAACGACCAUUUGGAGGUAAAACAGUUAUUCUUGGUGGUGACUUCAGACAAAUAUUACCUGUCAUCCCAAAGGGUACUAGGCAAGAUAUUGUUAAUGCUUCUCUCAAUUCUUCUUAUUUAUGGCCUUAUUGUCAGCUUUUAACGCUAACAAAGAAUAUGAGAUUGCAAGGUAAUGAAAUAGGGCCCCAUGUGGAUGAGUUGAGAGAUUUUUCAGAUUGGAUAUUGGCAAUUGGUGAUGGUAUGAUAGGUAGUUCAGUUGAUGGCAAUGAAAAAGUUCAAAUACCGGAUGAUCUUUUGAUAAAAGAAUCUGUUGAUCCAAUAUCUGCAAUUGUAGAAAGUACAUAUCCUGAUUUCACCCGUUGUUGCAAUGAUAUUGGAUACCUCCAACAAAGAGUAAUUCUUGCUCCAACUCUUGAUAUGGUGGAAUCAAUCAAUCAAUAUAUGAUUUUGCUCAAUCAUAAUUCUGAGAAAUCAUAUUUGAGUUCUGAUACAAUUUGCAGCUCUGAUCAGACUUAUUCAGCGUUGGAACAUGUACACACACCAGAAUUCUUGAAUACUAUUAAAUGUUCGGGAGUUCCAAAUCAUGCUCUUACUCUAAAGGUUAGUGUACCAGUGAUGUUAUUAAGAAAUAUUGAUCGGUAA